GUACGUAUAGUAUAAUUGAAGUGGGUUAAAGAGAACGAAGAACGCGCAAGCUACAUAUAUAUGCUGAUUGAUUGUACUUUGCAAGGAGAGACACAAUUUUAAAGCACACAAUGGUUCAGUGUUGCAUAUGCUGGAAAGAGCAUUCACCUCUAUUACCACGACAAUUUCACAGUUUUCCAAAAGAUGCUGAAAGGCGAGAAAAGUGGUGUAGUAGCAUUGGUUAUAUUGUCAAUGCUUACAAAAACGCACGAAUUUGCAGUGACCACUUUACAGAUGAUGAUUAUUCUAACAGUGGGACACCUAUACGAAGUAGGAGAUUAAACAAGACUGCAAUUCCAUCUGUUUUUAUGCAAAGUUCAGAAACUGUUCAUAAGGACUCGACAAACAAUAGUGAUAAUCAACAUGCUAAUGAAGUACAAAUGAAUGUAGAACAUUCUACAAUGAAUAUUCAGCAUCAAGCAACAAUGGAUGUUGAACAGCAAUCGACAGCGGAUAUUCAGCAAUCAACAACCUACGUUGAAGAAAGAAAUGUUAUUGCUAAAUCAAUAAGUGCCAACAACAACGGUAUUAGUCGGAAAAGUAAACCAAGAGAUACUAGUAAUAUGGACAAACUUUAUAUAAAAAGUGGGAAAACCAACGUUGAAUGCAUAAGAAAAACAGAUUUUGUAAAUAAUGAAGCCUGGUUGAAGUUUAUGAAAUGUGUGAAAUACAAUCGAUAUUUGCACAAAACAAGUAUGGUACAAAAGUCACGUACGCAAAAGAAAUUGGUAACAAUGGGAUCAGUACUUCAAGCAUUAGAAAGUAAAAAGUUGGUAACCUAUGAUAUUAAAAGUGCUUUAAAGGUAAGUAAUUAAAACGUCGUGAAACUGCAGAUUUGUACAAAAUUGUUAAUUAAUAUAAUGUGUAAAAUAUUUGGAAAUUAUUUUGAACUU